AUGCAGCUCACUCUAACAGGAAAUCGUGCAUGGAAUUCCGAUUUCUGCGCUCCCGAUGGGAGACUCUUAUACCGCGUUCGGAUGUCGAACCGUAAAGCCUCCCUCUUCAAAGCCACCUCAAGUGGUCAGCUCGCAAAUCUGGCAGAAAUCGAAUUUCACGCCGUCAGGCCAACCAAAAUCACUGUCCCUGGAAAGGGUGUAACGAAUUCAACGGUAUUCUUCAGGAAAGGUAGACUGGGUUGGAAAGGACGAGACCGAAUCUUCACCGGGCCCAGCGGCCUCGAGUAUCGCUGGAAGCUGCAUAAAAAGUUCUCUGAGCUUUACACCAACGAUAUUGCUAAAGCGUUCGUUGCGCGAUACCACCCUCGAACCAGUCACUUCCUUCAGGCGUCUACACCGGCGUAUUUGGAAGUUUCUGAAGGAGGGCUGGAGAUGCUGGACUUGAUCAUCAUUACUUUUGUGUACAUCGAGAAGAUCAGGGAGGAGAAAGGUGCGAGAGAAGGAGGAGAGGAAGCUGGCGAUUUCGGUGAUGGAGGUGGAGGAGGAGGUGGAGGUGGGACCUGA